AAUUUGACUUUCAACGAUGGCUGCUUUCCCUGGGAAAAGUGGAAAUUUAAUAAAUUUAAAGAAUAUAAGUUUUUCUUUGAAUAAGCCAAGUGUAAAAUUAAAAUAAUUGUGCGGUUGUUGUAGUAGCAGUGAUCAUUAAAAAAAGAAGCCCUUAAAAUAAAACAAGUGCCGCCCAAGUGAUGUAAAUAAAAUACAAUGAACUAGUCUCUUAAAGAAAAUAACUGCGUUCAUAAAAAGAAAGUAUACCUAAUACAUAUGCAAAUAUGACUUCGAGACUCGAUCGAUUAUUUAUCCUGCUUGAGUCAGGUUCUUCCGCAGUAACGCGUAGAGCUGCAGCGAAACAAAUAGGCGAAGUUCAAAAACUUUAUCCACACGAAUUGCAUCAUCUUUUAAAUAGAUUGAUAACUUAUUUGCAUAGUAAUUCAUGGGACACGCGUAUAGCUGCAGCUCAAGCAGUUGAGGCGAUAUUAAAAAAUGUACCCGAUUGGACUCCAAUUGUUAUUAAAAAAGAACAAAACCAACAACAAAAACAAGAACAAAUAAAAUGUGAAAGCGAUGAGAAAAACAAUAUUGAAACCGCAAAUUUGUUAUCUUUUGCCGAGUUCAAUCUAUCACAUAUUCUUCAGAAAGGAGCACGUUUAAUCGGUUCCGAGGGAAGUGAAUUUGACGUUCACGAGGAAGGUGAUGCCACAAAGUCAGCAGAACGUUUAAGCAGACAAAGAGCGUUGCUAAAUGAAAAACUUGGAAUCACGCAAGCAACAAAACUCGGUGUUAAUCUCACAGAUAUGAUUACAGAUGAAGAUGUUAAGGAAGCAUCGAAUGAUUAUAAUAUAAAUGAAGAAAAGGUACCCGUUGAACAUAUCCUAAAUAUUAACACAAACUCUAGCCAUUCAGCUAGUACUUCAUCAAAUGGGCACACCCUAAGUUGCCGUGAAAUAAACCGCGCUAAAAGGAAAGCUCGACAAAAUGUUGCGAUAAAUGCAACCACCUCAUCCGCCAAUCUCAGUCGCAGUAACUCGUCCAGUAACGGCAGCAUACCCCCAGAUGAGCCUGAUAAGAAAAAGAUUAAAUCAGAAACAGUGGGUCGAGCUGCUACAGAGCUUUUCUAUAGCAUAAAUGCUCCAGUUCCUGACGCAACUGGUACAUGGGUUGAUGCUGUGUCCUGGCCUCUGGAGAACUUCUGUGGUCGCCUCUACCUGGAUCUAUUCAAUCCUAAGUGGGAAAUACGACAUGGUGCGGCAACAGCUUUAAGAAAAUUGAUAAACACUCACUCGGCGGGCGCUGGAAAAUCAAUGAAUGUGACUCAGGACGAGAUGGAGCACGGUCAUACUUUGUGGUUGGAAGACGCUGCUCUACGACUUCUGUGUGUACUUGCCCUUGACCGAUUUGGUGAUUUUGUAUCAGAUCAAGUUGUGGCGCCUGUAAGAGAAACUUGUGCUCAGGUCUUAGGUACCAUAGUUCGUGAUAUGCCAACAGAAAAGGUCCAUGAGACAGUUAGCGUUCUUCUGAAGUUAAUCAAACAAAAUGAUUGGGAAGUACGUCACGGUGGAUUGCUUGGCUUGAAGUAUAUUUUUGUAGCUCGUGAAGAUCUCCUGGAAAUAUUUCUUCCCCUGACCAUAUCUGACAUCUUGAUAGGAUUAUUCGAUUCUGUAGAUGAUGUUGGUGCAGUAGCUGCUUCCACUUUAAUUCCAGUUGCAUCAUGGCUUCCAAAAUUAUUAAAUCCAAGUCAAGUAUCGACGAUUGUUAAAAUGCUAUGGGACCUGCUGCUUGAUCAGGACGAAUUAACAUCAGCUUGCAAUAGUUUCAUGGGGUUAUUGGCAGCUAUUCUAUGUUUGCCAAAUGCUUCGACAUGGAUUCAAAUGGAACCCAUGUCUACUCUAGUCCCACGAUUGUGGCCGUUUCUCAGUCACAACACAAAUUCUGUUCGAAAAUCAACACUAACAACCCUCAAAACACUAACGCAGGGAACGAAAGGUGAAGAAGGAGUCGCCCCAGGCCAGAAAUUAGAAACAGAUGCCAAAGAUGAUAUAAGUUUUGAUUCUAAGAAUUUGAAAUUGAAUUUCGGAGUUAUUGAUUGGCAGCCACCAUUGUUACAAGAAGCACUUCGACAUAUCUAUCAAAGAAUUCUAGUAGAACCUCAAUGGGAUAUUCAAGAGCUAGCCAAGGAAGUUUGGAUGAAUCUUAUAGAUUAUGCGAAUUUGACAGCAUUACUUCAUGCUGCUUGUCCUUAUGUCUCUCCUUGGAUUUGUCUGGCAAUGCAACCAGCGCGUUUACCAUUCGACACCAAUAUUCUCAUUCAAGCUGCCCACACCCAAGUCAGUGAACGACGGCGCAUACGGGAUGAUUUAGGUGGAGGUUCUAAUCUUCAACAAAAAUUGUUUCUAGGUGGUAAUGAAGCCACACCUAUUGAAGUGAGAGAGAAAAAUUUUGUUCGUGCUCGUAUAAAUGCGGCGAGGGUUCUAGGUGCCCUAUCACACUUUCUCGUACAACCAGCACCUGGAGUUGAAUAUAAUUCGGUUACAGAAAGUCCAAUGGACUGUUAUACCAAAGUUUUACAUGGCCAUUUGCAAUCUCGAUCAGCUGUACAACGCACAGUUUGUGGAUUGAUUAUCGCCUUUUGGGCACAAUCCGAUUCAACUGUGAGGCCUGACUGUCCAAAGCUGCAGGAAAAACUUCGUUACUGUGUAAUGGAAUACGUUUACUACGAUGAAGUAGCUUUGUCCUUAACAAGACUUUUACAAGAGGCACAUGAUUUUAUUGCCACUUUAAAGCAAUAUAAAAUUCCAAUAAAUGAUUUUAACAAUGCCAAAAUUCUUACGCUUGAACAAAUAGAUGCCUUAAGCACAAAAAUGACUGAAAAUCUGAAAUUGAAACAUAAUCUUAAACCAAAAUUAGGAGAUAUGCUUGAAGAAAGACGUAAAGGAUUGCAAAAUUCUUAUCAACAAACAAAUACGGAACGUAAUGUUCUUGAUAUCAGUACGCAGGCUGCACUUGCUGGUGCAAUUGUUUGUAUGCGUUGUCUGCCAGAGAAGCUGAAUCCAAUUGUUAAACCAUUAAUGGAAUCAAUCAAACGUGAAGAACGUGAAUUGUUACAGCAGUUGUCAGCGGAAUUUUUAGUUUAUUUAAUGGAUCAAAUAAGUAAUAGGAAUCCUAGUCCGAAUAAUAAAAUAGUCACUAACUUGUGUACAUUACUAAAAAGUGAUACAGAAUUUACUCCUCCAAUAUUGACUCCAGAUCUUCCACUUGAAAUGUCUCCUCAAACAAAUGGAACGGAUUCAAAAGAUCAUUACUACGGAAUACUCACGCUAUCAAUACAACAGAAAAUUGGUGGGAGUAACAACAAUAACACUAACGCAUCUAGAGGUCCGGGUAGACCUCCAACUAUAGUUGAACUUCCGGCUGAGAAUGGAAAUCCCACUAUCGAUAGCAACGAAGCAAAACAAUGUCGUAUACAACGUAUUGGGUCAACAUACACGGUUGAGUUUAUUUGUAAAUAUUUCGGAGUCAAUUUGAAUACAAAAGUUCCGGUUAUCUGGCAAAUCAUGUUUGGUAAAAUUGAUAGUUUUCUUCUGGCCAAUCCUACAAUGGAUUUGUUAAAGGAUAAAUUGGUAGAUCCAAUAGCCACAAAUGAUCUAAUGACUGCGUUGCAGUUAAUUGAAAUAGCAGCUCCUUGCAUUGAUGUUAGCUUAAAUGAAGAACUUUUUCAAUUGCUUCCAAAAUUGGGAGUGUUAAUAACGCAUCCAUUAAAAGCCGUGCGACACAUGGUAGCACGUUGUAUUGCAACUAUUGGAAAUAUCGAUAUCUGUAAAACUAUGAAUUUCGUUGUUGAUCAUUUGAUGGGUCUUCUAAAGAAAAUUGAGAAUGUCAUAUGUCGACAAGGUGCCAUCGAGACUAUUGAGAGAAUGGUUGAGAAGUUGCAAAUAAAAAUGGUUCCUUAUGUUGUACUUCUAGUCGUUCCAUUACUUGGUUGCAUGAGCGAUCCAGAUGAGUCAGUCCGUUUAUUAUCAACACAUUGCUUUGCUACGCUAAUUCAACUAAUGCCUCUGGAUAGUAAAUUAAGUAAAACAGAAAUAGCUUCAAAGGAACUUCAAGCCCGAAAAACUCGAGAUCGGGAAUUUUUGGAUUAUUUAUUUGCGCCAAAAACCAUUCCAGAUUUUAAGGUUCCUGUACCAAUAACUGUAGAGUUGCGAUCUUAUCAGCAAGCCGGUGUUAACUGGCUUUGGUUUCUUAACAAAUAUAAUUUACAUGGAAUUCUAUGCGAUGACAUGGGCCUGGGCAAAACACUUCAGGCGAUAUGUAUUUUGGCAGGAGAUCACCAUCAGCGGAUAGCAGAAAAAUGCACCGAAUUGCCGAGCCUUGUUAUCUGUCCACCAACUUUGACCGGCCAUUGGGUAUAUGAAGUUGAGAAAUUUCUAAAAUCAUCCUUCCUAAGACCAUUGCACUACGUCGGCUUGCCCGGAGGACGUGAAAAGCUAAGACCGAAAAUCGGCAAAUGUAAUUUAGUGGUUGCCUCAUAUGACACCGUCCGAAAAGACAUUGAAUAUUUUAGUACGGUCCAUUGGAAUUAUUGUAUUCUCGAUGAAGGGCACAUCAUUAAAAAUGGCAAAACCAAAAGCUCGAAAGCCAUCAAGCAAUUAAAAGCCAAUCAUCGUUUGAUUCUCUCAGGGACUCCAAUUCAAAAUAACGUCCUAGAGCUGUGGUCAUUGUUUGAUUUCCUCAUGCCUGGGUUCUUAGGAACAGAAAAACAAUUCAUUGCUCGUUUUAGUCGUCCAAUUUUAUCUAGUCGUGAUUCAAAGAGUUCCCCCAAAGAACAGGAGGCCGGGGUACUUGCUAUGGAAUCUUUGCAUCGUCAGAUAUUGCCAUUUUUAUUGCGAAGAGUCAAAGAGGAUGUGUUAACCGAUCUUCCACCAAAAAUAACCCAAGACUUGUUGUGCGAAUUGAGUCCUCUGCAGGAACGUCUCUACGAGGACUUUAGUCGAACACAUUUGAAUUCAGAACUAAAAGACUGUUUGGCAAAUCUCGGCGAAAGUGAAAAUCUAAAUAAGAAAACGCAUAUAUUCUAUGCAUUGCGUUAUUUGCAAAAUGUCUGCAACCAUCCGAAACUUGUCCUGCUCCCUAGUCAUCCAGAAUAUUCUAAGAUAACGCAAGAACUAAGCCAGUAUAAUAGUUGCUUGAACGAUAUUGAGCAUUCAGCAAAGCUGCCUGCUUUAAAACAACUUCUAUUAGACUGUGGGAUUGGAGUUGAAACGGAAAGUGUAAACCAACAUCGUGCUCUGAUAUUCUGUCAACUUAAAGCGAUGUUGAAUAUUGUGGAGAACGAUCUGCUGAAGAAACAUUUACCUUCUGUUUCGUAUUUAAGAUUGGACGGAAGUGUACCAGCAUCAUGCAGACAAGAAAUUGUGAAUAAUUUCAAUAGCGAUCCUAGUAUCGAUGUUUUGUUAUUAACGACUCAGGUUGGAGGAUUGGGCUUGAAUUUAACAGGAGCCGAUACAGUUAUCUUUGUCGAACAUGAUUGGAAUCCCAUGAAAGAUUUGCAGGCAAUGGAUCGUGCACAUCGUAUUGGUCAAAAGAAAGUUGUUAACGUUUAUCGCUUGAUUACCCGAAAAUCUCUCGAAGAAAAAAUUAUGGGAUUACAAAAAUUCAAAAUUUUAACAGCAAAUACAGUAGUUAGUGCUGAAAAUGCCUCCAUGGAUACAAUGGCCACAGAACAGUUAUUUGAUCUCUUCAAUUUAAGUGACAACAAGCUAAAAGGUGGCACUGGCGAUGCAACUAAUGCAUCUACGAGUAAUUCAAGUGGACAAAUGUCUGUGGCAAGUGUUAUUGAAAAUCUUCCAGAACUGUGGUCCGAAAAUCAAUAUGACGAGGAAUAUGAUAUAACCCAGUUUGUGCAGGGAUUAAAAAAGUAACAUAUCUUCAAUCAUGCCGCCUCCACAAAACCGAAUGGGGAGAUAUUUUCAUACCCAGUAUAGAAUAUAAAGCUUUCAAAAUGAGUUUUGAAGAAGUGUUGCUUUUUUUAAAGUAGGUAUCUCUUCCCCAGUUUCAGUUGCUCCGACUACACUUUAAACUACGAUAGAUUUAAUAAUUUAUUCUCAUUUCAUCUGUAUACACUUUUUUUCUAUUUUUAAAGAACGAAUAAAAGUGAAUUUAUGAAAAUUAA